AAUAACUCUGUACUGCCAAUAGGUCGCACUGCAUGUUGUAAACAGGGUCGCCGCGGACCUUUCUACUGUAAUCUCCAUUUUGAAUGUUUUUAUGGUUUAGGGUUUUGUGGCACGCCUCUUUUCUCAUGGCCGAAAACGAGCAAAUCGCCUGGAUUACCCAGAUGGUGUUAUGAAUUCGGACUAAAAACGCUGGACGCGAUCUGAAGUGCAAUCUACAUUACGCAGUUUGCGAUUUUUCUUGCUCGUCAGAAACGACCUCAGACUGCGGCGAAGGCUUUCAUGUUGUUGCUAAUCGCUCAGCAAAACAAUGUCAGAUGAUGCAACAAAUCAAAACAGGAACGUAAAUAUCAAAAGUAAUGCAAAAUGGAUCAAGGAGGACUGGAGAAUGGCAAAAAGCGAGAUGAGCGUUUAAAUACAUUGGAUUACAACAAACGAGCAACUGAGGGGAUAUUACCAAGAAGAAUACAAAGCACCAUGUCUGUGGCCCCUACAUCUAUGGUUCCUCAAGCCGGUCCAAUGAUGCAGCCAGUUUCUGGGGACAUUCCCAAUGGCCUGAGCAAUUCGCCCACUCUGGAGGAGCACACCAGCUCGGUGUCCUCCAUCUUUGGCGACGAUUCCGAACUCAAACUGCUUGGGAAGGAGCAGAGGGCCCUGCAACAGCAGACCUUGGUCCCCUUCACUUUGGGUGACAGUCUUUCAGGUCUGGAGGCCAGCAUUGCAGACCUUAACAACCCCUCUCCCUCAAUGGAUUCCCUGAUUGGUGGAGUCGAUCCCAAUCUUUUCCCCUUAAAAACAGAGGACUUUUCUCCCAUGAUUAAAGGCGAUAUGGACCUUGACCAAGAUUCCUUUGGACACAUUGGGAAAGAUGUUGAUGUUGGCAAUCAUAAGCUCUUUAGUGACAACACUCUGGACCUCCUGCAGGACUUUGAGCUGGAUGGAUCGCCAUCAGACUUCUACGUUGCUGACGAUGCGUUUCUCUCCACCAUAGGUGAAGAUGCUCUCCUUUCAGAGCUGCCGACAAAUUUAGACAGGGACUCGAAGGCUGCGGUUUCCGGGAGCAACACGCUCAAUGGCACAGCUUCUUCCAGCCUCAGCACAGCCAACACCAGCAUCUUGCCCAAUAUAAAGGUGGAGAAAGACUCUAUAAUCCAGCUGUGCACCCCAGGGGUCAUCAAACAGGAGAACACCGGUGCGAGCUAUUGUCAAGGAGGGCUCCACAGCACCCCCAUUAACAUAUGCGGGGUCACCACUUCAAGCGGACAGAGCUUCCUCUUUGGGAACAGCUCGCCCACAGCUGUCGUCGGUCUGCAGAAAGAUCAGAAGCCGGACUUUAACAUGUACACCCCUCUGACCUCUUCAGGAGAUGGUUGGAGCAGGAGCCAGGGCUUUGGGAAUGUCAGUGGAAUGCAGCAGAGGGCCAGUUUAUGCUUUUCCAAAAACUUCUCAAGCAGCCCCUAUUCCAGGCCUGAAGACAGCACUGCCACAUCGUCAGCUGGUGGAAAGACUGGCACACACAAGAUCUGUCUGGUUUGCUCAGAUGAGGCUUCUGGCUGCCAUUAUGGAGUUCUCACUUGCGGAAGCUGUAAAGUCUUCUUUAAAAGGGCUGUUGAAGGGCAACACAAUUACCUGUGUGCUGGGCGAAACGAUUGCAUCAUUGACAAAAUCCGCCGGAAGAACUGCCCUGCCUGUCGUUUCCGCAAAUGCCUCAUGGCAGGCAUGAACCUAGAGGCACGUAAAAGCAAGUCAAAGGCACGUCAAGCCGGAAAGGUAAUCCAGCAGCAGUCCAUUCCGGAGCGCAACCUUCCUCCACUGCCGGAGGCCCGCGCACUGGUGCCCAAACCAAUGCCUCAGCUGGUGCCCACUAUGCUAUCACUACUAAAGGCCAUUGAGCCAGACACCCUCUAUGCCGGAUAUGACAGCACUAUACCAGACACAUCCGUCCGCCUCAUGACUACGUUGAACAGGCUGGGUGGCCGGCAGGUCAUCUCUGCUGUCAAAUGGGCUAAAGCUCUGCCAGGGUUCCGGAACCUUCAUCUGGAUGAUCAGAUGACCCUCCUGCAGUGUUCCUGGCUGUUCAUCAUGUCUUUUGGACUGGGCUGGAGGUCCUACCAGCACUGUAACGGAAACAUGCUGUGUUUCGCUCCAGACCUGGUGAUCAAUGAAGAGAGGAUGAAGUUGCCCUACAUGAGUGAUCAGUGUGAACAGAUGUUGAAGAUCUCCAAUGAAUUUGUGCGACUGCAAGUGUCCACUGAGGAGUAUCUGUGCAUGAAAGUCCUUCUGCUCCUGAACACAGUGCCGAAGGAUGGGUUGAAGAGCCAGUCAGUGUUUGAUGAACUACGAAUGUCUUACAUUAAAGAAUUGGGCAAGGCUAUUGUGAAGAGAGAGGAGAACUCCAGCCAGAACUGGCAACGGUUCUAUCAGCUCACUAAGCUACUGGACUCCAUGCACGACUUGGUGGGUGGACUCCUGAACUUCUGCUUCUACACCUUUGUGAAUAAAUCUCUGAGCGUGGAGUUUCCCGAAAUGCUUGCAGAAAUCAUCAGCAACCAGUUACCAAAAUUCAAAGAUGGGAGUGUUAAACCGCUGCUCUUUCACCAGAAAUGAAUCUCCUCCCAACAGCAGGACACGAUGCCUUAAAUAUCCCCUCACUCCCCUCCACCCGACCCGAAACCGCAGAGUUUCAGAGAGAGCUGAGUGAGAGUGCUGAGGGGCUGCGACUGUAUGCAACCCAGCACAGAACUCCAUCAUUGACCACAAAAAAAGUGGAGUCAGAGGAAGAGACGGGUAAUUAGAGAUUAUAUAUAUAUAUAUAAAAAAAGAACUAACAAAAUGGCUGAACUGUUGAAAUGAUAUAAUCGUGAAUCACAUGGAUAGAUUAUCCCAUACAUGUCGUCUCAGGUGUUUGACUCCCAGCAUCAACUAGUAGUAAAAGAAAGCUAAUCUAAGUCUAAAGGUCACUUGCUAAGUAGAGUUCCACACGUCUUUUAUUUUUUGGAGCAGAUGCAGCACUUACAGUCCAGUAUGCUCGGAUUAUACACAGUAGUCACUUUUACUUCGAUCCCAAUAUCCUACUUUUUAACUUCAGAUGAUAACAGUUGAAAUAUUAAUCAUUUCAAUAAUAUGUACAGAGACUAUAAUGGCUUCAGCUUGGUUUGAAAAUGAAACACGUUUUUUUGUAUGACAUCAUAUCUACAGUUUUAAAACAACUCAUGUAAACAGAGUCUCAUAUAUACACAGAAAAGGGAAAAUAUGUGCCUUUUUUAGCUUGUUUCCUUUUAGCCGUUUUCUUGACUCGUCAUUGUGUUAGGAAUUCUUCUCAUAGUUGAUUGUACUUUUAUACCCACUUGCACUUGUAAUUUGAAAAAAAACAAAUGGCCGUGUUUUUUGGCAGCUCUGUAAUUGAGUAGUGUGAACUUCAAAAAAAAAAAAAUGAAAAAACCAACAAAAAAAAGUGAUCCUUACUGAUACGACAUGGAGGUGGAGUCCUGACGAUUAUUUUUAUGCUGAUUGGACGUCGGCCGAAAAAUGCAAAUCGAGCACUUUCACUCCUUGUAAAUGCUUUAAAGGGGCUGAUUUUAGUUAGUUCUACAGAAAGGCGUAUUCAUGUCUAAAGAAAGCCAUUUAUUAUUAAUUUCACCUGUUAAUUGAUAUAGGAAUUAUGCAAUGUGAAACAUGAGUUUGCUUUGUCUGUUUUGUUUUUAUGUGUUUGUUGUAAUUGUUCCUUUAUUGUCGCUGGCAUACGCCACAGUGUACAACCAAAACAAUGGAUGCAGAUUAUAGUACCUAAACACUCUGGAUUCAUACAGACAGAUAUGUUUUUUUUAAAUAGUCCUUUACAGUACAAUCACACUUAGCUACACCAAACAUCAACUCAGGCCCACUUCAUUAAUCUUCACGUAACUUCUAAAACUCUAUAGAUCCUGUAUGUUUUUGUUUUGUUUUGUUUUUUUAAUCGGGGUCAGACUAAUUCAUUAAACUAACCUUGACC